AUGACAGACGAGACAUUAGCUUCGCAAGCUCCCGACGAGGUCAGCGGUCAAGCUGCCUUCUGGAUUCUCGUAACGCUAGCUACCGCUGCUAUCGUUCAGCCAUCAGCAAGAAGCAGACGAAAAGGCCGCGAUGUGUUUGAUGGCAACAUAGAUCUUCUACGAUGUAUCCCGGCUGUUUGUUUCCUUGACUCUAUUGCCGACCUUGUUUCACUAGGAAACGCCAUCUAUCGGGCAUUUUCUAAGCCAACGCCAACGCAAAAUGCUCGCCGAAGGAUUUUCCCUCAAAUGAGUACGUUCAUUGUCAAAUUGGCCCUGUCUACGGUCACGGUGCUGCCUCAGACCAUCAAAGUGGCCAGUUUGAAGGGUGUCCCGGCAACACAGGCUUGUGCGUUUCUAUUUUUCAUCGCCACUACGACCAGACUCGUGGUAGACGUUUGUGGUCUGGAGGCUGACUCAAACUACACAAAUGCUCGAGACAAAGUUCUCUCACUGAGCAUACCAGCACUGGUAGCAUUAUUUCUCCAAUUGCCGUUCGAAGUUUGGAUAUGGUAUAAUAUUAGUUUUUCCGCCACCUUGAACCUGUCGACCAAUAUGGAGAAUGUCUGUUCCUGGUUAACGAUUGUCUGUAUCGCAGUAUUGUUCAUGCAACCUCUUAUAUGGAUGUUGUACCUUAUUGCACGGCGAAGAUUGGAUGUCUCGGCAUCUCCAUACAUGGUUCCUAUGCGCGGGUUCUACAUGUUACUUGUUAUUCUAGGAGUAUUCAAGAAGCCUGGUGUGCACAGAGAAUCAGAAUCGGAAUCGGAUACAGGACCGCCACCGUCAUGGACGGAUCGUCUGAGUUACACAAUAAGUCUAAUGCUUUGCGUCGCCCUCGUUAGCAUAGCUGUGACCAAGAUACUAGAUGCUCUUGGAAAAUUAGUCCCUCGCGGAGAUGACACCGUGUCAGCGACCAAUGCCCCAUCUGAUAUACCGACCGAGGGACCUUUACCUGAACAAGAAGGCACCACCGAUGAUAAUUUGGAUUUACAGGAGUCGCCGUCAGUGGGAUUAUCUGCGACUUGGUUUGGAAGAGUUGGCGCUAUUAUUGACCGCUGGCUUGUACGUGCCCUUACUAUACACUCAAGGGCUAGUGUGGGUAUUUUCCUAACUAUCUUUAACUUAAUCACUACGGUGAUUUAUUACUUGGUGUACUUCAAUGGUUCUGGUACUGUAAACCCGAAUUGGACCAGUGUCUUGGGAUGA